AUGGGCUGUCCUAGGCGUGUGCCUCCGGCGGCGGAGGGAGAACCGGGCCGCUGGCCUGGGCGGGAUGCGGGCUCGCCCUCGCAGUCGCUCGGGGUGGAUGCUGCGUGUCGUUGUGAUUUAAAUUUAGGUGUGUUGUUAUGCAGUAACAUUUUUUUUUCCCCUCCCUACAGGUAUCCCCUGACCAAUUACACGUUUGGUACCAAGGAACCCCUGUAUGAGAAGGACAGUUCUGUGGCAGCUCGGUUUCAGCGCAUGAGGGAAGAGUUUGACAAGAUUGGCAUGAGGCGGACAGUGGAAGGGGUUCUGAUUGUCCAUGAGCACAGGCUGCCCCACGUGCUGUUACUGCAGCUGGGUACAACUUUCUUCAAGCUACCUGGUGGUGAACUCAAUCCAGGAGAAGAUGAGGUAGAAGGGCUCAAACGCUUAAUGACAGAGAUACUGGGUCGUCAGGACGGUGUUCAGCAAGACUGGGUGAUCGAUGACUGCAUUGGUAACUGGUGGAGACCAAACUUUGAGCCUCCACAGUAUCCCUAUAUCCCAGCUCAUAUUACAAAACCAAAAGAGCACAAAAAGCUUUUCUUGGUCCAGCUUCAAGAAAAGGCUUUGUUUGCCGUCCCAAAAAAUUACAAGCUGGUCGCUGCACCGCUGUUUGAGCUCUAUGACAAUGCACCAGGAUAUGGACCCAUUAUUUCCAGCCUUCCUCAACUUUUGAGCAGGUUCAACUUUAUUUACAACUGAGCUCCUGCGGACCUGAAGAGUCUGGGAGAAGAAGCCGUCUCUGUGAGCACAGCUUUCAGAUGUAGAGAAAAGAAUACGUGUGAUGCAAGGAUCUGUUUUGGUUUUUUUUUUUUUAAUGUCAUUCUUUUCCUGAAGGCACUAAACUUUCUCUGGUGUGAAUAGAGAAGUGAGUCUCGACUGUUGAGGUAGUGGGAUGGCAGUGUGAUACCAACGUUUUAAUCACCUUUCAUUGUGAUACUCACCCUGGGUUUUUUUUUUGUACAACAUUAAACAAAAUGGUCAAGAUUC